AUGGCUUUGCUGUGUGGCCUUGGGCAAGUCACUCUCCGUCUCUGGGCCCCACUUCCUCCACAAUCCGAAAGCAAAAUUGGGGCGUUCUUGAGGAGCGGCGGCAUGGAGGCUCUCACCACUCAGCUGGGGCCGGGGCGCGAGGGCAACUCCUCGCCCACCUCGAAGCAGGAGCUGCAACCCUACUCGGGCUCCAGCGCUCUCAAACCCAACCAGGUGGGCGAGACGUCGCUGUACGGGGUGCCUAUCGUGUCUCUGGUCAUCGACGGCCAGGAGCGCCUGUGUCUGGCGCAGAUCUCCAACACUCUGCUCAAGAACUACAGCUACAAUGAGAUCCACAACCGCCGCGUGGCCCUGGGCAUCACGUGCGUGCAGUGCACGCCGGUGCAGCUGGAGAUCCUGCGUCGGGCCGGGGCCAUGCCCAUCUCGUCGCGCCGCUGCGGUAUGAUCACCAAGCGCGAGGCCGAGCGCCUGUGCAAGUCGUUCCUGGGCGAGCACAAGCCCCCCAAGCUGCCCGAGAACUUCGCCUUCGACGUGGUGCACGAGUGCGCGUGGGGCUCGCGCGGCAGCUUCAUCCCCGCGCGUUACAACAGCUCGCGCGCCAAGUGCAUCAAGUGCGGCUACUGCAGCAUGUACUUCUCGCCCAACAAGUUCAUCUUCCACUCGCACCGCACACCCGACGCCAAGUACACGCAGCCCGACGCCGCCAACUUCAACUCGUGGCGCCGUCACCUCAAACUCAGCGACAAGUCGGCCACAGACGAACUGAGCCACGCCUGGGAGGACGUCAAGGCCAUGUUCAACGGCGGCACGCGCAAGCGGACCUUCUCGCUGCAAGGCGGCGGCGGCGGCGGCGCGAACGGCGGGGCGGGUGCGCAGGGGAAGGGCGGUGCCGGCGGCGGGGGCGGCCCGGGCUGCGGCGCAGAGCUGGCCCCCGGCCCGCCGCCGCACAAAGCCCUACGCUGCGGCGACGACGAGGCCGCCGGGCCUCCUGGGCCGCCUCCCCCGCAUCCGCAGCGGGGCCUGGGUCUAGCGGCGGGAGCCGGCGGCCCGGCGGGCCCGGGAGGGCCUGGUGGCGCCGCGGGCGUGCGCAGCUACCCAGUGAUCCCGGUGCCCAGCAAGGGCUUCGGCCUCUUGCAGAAGCUGCCCCCGCCGCUCUUCCCUCAUCCCUACGGCUUCCCCACGGCCUUCGGCCUCUGCCCCAAAAAGGACGACCCGGUGCUAGGCGCGGGCGAGCCCAAGGGAGGCCCGGGCACCGGGAGCGGCGCGGGCGCGGGCGCAGGCGGAGGCGCGGGCGGGCCGGGAUCUGGCCACUUGCCCCCGGGGGCAGGCCCCGGCCCGGGAGGCGGCGGCAUGUUCUGGGGUCACCAGCCCUCCGGGGCAGCCAAGGACGCAGCGGCCGUGGCGGCAGCGGCCGCCGCGGCCACCGUGUACCCGACGUUCCCCAUGUUCUGGCCGGCGGCAGGCAGCCUCCCGGUGCCGCCCUACCCCGCGGCGCAGAGCCAAGCCAAGGCCGUGGCGGCCGCGGUGGCGGCGGCGGCGGCGGCGGCGGCGGCCGCUGCAGGCGGCGGCGGCCCCGAGGCCCUGGACGCGGCCGAGCCGGCCAAGGAGGGAGGCCUGGGCGCCGAGGAGCGCUGCCCGAGCGCGCUGUCCCGCGGGCCGCUGGACGAGGACGGCGCCGAGGACGCGCUGCCGCCGCCGCUGGCCCCGCUGCCGCCGCCGCCGCCGCCCACGCGCAAAGGCUCCUACGUGUCGGCCUUCCGGCCGGUGGUCAAGGACGCCGAGAGCAUCGCCAAGCUCUACGGGAGCGCCCGCGACGCCUACGGCUCCGGGGCUGCCCGCGGGCCGGGGCCGGGGCCGGGGCCGGGCGCGGGGGCCGCCGGCGGGUACGUGAGCCCGGACUUUCUGAGCGAGGGCAGCUCCAGCUACCACUCCGCCUCGCCCGACGUGGACACCGCCGACGAGCCCGAGGUGGACGUGGAGUCCAACCGCUUCCCCGACGAGGACGGCGCUCCGGGCGAGGCCGAGCCGGGCGCGCCCAGGGCGCCCAGCGCCGGCGGCGGCGCGGACAACGACCAGCCCGCAGGGCCCCCGUCGGCCGCCUCCUCGGGCGCCGACGGCCCCACGGACUCCCCCGACGGCGGCAGCCCCCGUCCCCGGCGCCGCCCCGGGCUGCCCUCGGCCAGCCGGCCGACCUUUGGGGACUUGGCGGCCGACGACGUGGUGCGGAGACCCGAGAGGAGCCCGCCGAGCGGCGGCUAUGAGCUGCGAGAGCCUUGCGGGCCGCUGGGGGGCCCCGCGCCGGCCAAGGUGUACGCGCCAGAGCGGGACGAGCAUGUGAAGAGCGCGGCGGCGCUGGGGCCCGCGGCCUCCUACCUCUGCACCCCCGAGGCCCACGAACCAGAUAAGGAAGACAAUCACUCGACCGCCGACGAUUUGGAAACGAGGAAAUCCUAUCCAGACCAAAGGAGUAUCUCCCAACCAAGUCCCGCAAAUACAGACCGAGGUGAAGAUGGGCUCACCCUGGAUGUCACAGGAACUCAGCUAGUGGAGAAAGAUAUCGAGAACCUGGCCAGAGACGAAUUGCAAAAACUGCUCCUGGAGCAAAUGGAGCUCCGCAAGAAACUGGAGCGAGAAUUUCAGAGUCUCAAAGAUAAUUUUCAGGAUCAAAUGAAGAGGGAAUUGGCUUAUCGAGAAGAAAUGGUGCAACAGCUGCAAAUUGUCAGAGACACUCUGUGUAACGAACUGGACCAAGAGCGGAAGGCGCGCUAUGCCAUCCAGCAGAAAUUAAAAGAAGCCCACGACGCCCUGCACCACUUCUCCUGCAAGAUGCUGACGCCCCGCCAUUGCACUGGCAACUGCUCCUUCAAGCCCCCGCUGUUGCCCUAG